UUCUUCUUUGUUUUUUUUUCCUCCUCCAAAUUUCAAAAGCAAAAAAAGGAAAGAAAAAGAAAGGAAACCCUAGCUCGUUCCUCCUCCUCCUCCUCCCUUACACCCCGAAAUUCCAUCUCCUCGCGUGUUUGAUUCUUGUGAAUUGUUGCCAUUCGUCGAUUCUCGCGUUUCUGUGAUCCGAUGCUUCGAAUUGCGUAUCCCUCUCAAUCCACGUAAAGAAUAUUAUCUUCAAUUGAGCCCCGUUCAGCUCGGAUUUUUCGCUCCUUUUUUGAUCAGCUUCGAAUGACGAUUCUGCUGGGACCUUGAUUGAUUCAAGCAAUUGGCGAGGUUUUAGAGAGCGGAAUUGAGAGAGGGAGAUGGGUUCGAAGCUCGAAGGGCCAUCCGCUCCGGCGAUCCGGCGAGACCCCUACGAGGUGCUGAGUGUGUCGAGGGAUUCGACUGACCAAGAGAUUAAAACUGCUUAUCGGAAGCUCGCUCUCAAGUAUCACCCAGAUAAGAAUGCCAACAAUCCCGAGGCUUCGGAGCAUUUUAAGGAGGUUGCGUAUUCAUAUAGUAUCUUGUCUGACCCUGAGAAGAGAAGGCAAUAUGACAGUGCAGGGUUUGAGGCUCUUGAUGCUGAAGGCAUGGAUAUGGAGAUUGACCUAUCUAACCUGGGGACUGUCAAUACAAUGUUUGCGGCAUUAUUCAGCAAGCUUGGUGUGCCCAUCAAAACAACUAUAUCUGCUAAUGUUCUUGAAGAAGCUAUGAAUGGAACUGUAACCAUUCGGCCCCUUCCAAUUGGGACAUCUGUUAGUGGAAAGGUUGAGAAACAAUGUGCACACUUUUUUGGUGUAACAAUCAAUGAACAGCAAGCUGAGGCUGGAAUAGUGAUAAGAGUCGUAUCCACAGCUCAGAGCAAAUUCAAGUUGCUCUAUUUUGAACAAGAUGCCCAUGGUGGUUAUGGCUUAGCCUUACAGGAAGACAGUGAGAAGGCAGGCAAGGUCACAUCAGCUGGGAUGUAUUUCUUGCAUUUUCAAGUGUACCGACUCGAUUCAACUCUGAAUGCAUUGGCGAUGGCCAAAGACCCUGAAGCUGCCUUCUUUAAAAGGUUGGAAGGUCUUCAACCUUGCGAGAUUUCAGAACUGAAAGCUGGAACCCAUAUUUUUGCUGUUUAUGGAGACAACUUUUUCAAGACCGCCUCCUACACAAUCGAGGCUCUUUGUGCAAAAUCCUAUGAAGAUACAAGUCAGAAGCUUAAAGACAUUGAAGCUCAGAUCUUAAGGAAGAGAACUGAGCUGCGCCAAUUUGAAACAGAAUAUAGAAAGGCGUUGGCACGCUUCCAAGAAGUAACGAAUAGAUACAGCCAAGAAAAGCAGUCUGUGGAUGAGCUGCUGAAAGAGCGAGACAGUAUCCACUCUUCAUUCACCGUGGCCAAAAUACCCAGCAAUAGUGGUCCUGCCAGCCAUCUAAGUAAUGGAAGUAGUGGUAGUAGCAGCAGUAGUAGGAUUCCAGGCGAAGAAAGUCCUGGUGAAGACGGAACUGCUGAUGGGAAGGAUAAAUCAGGCAAGAAGAAAUGGUUCAACCUUAAUCUCAAGGGAUCUGACAAAAAGCUCGGGUGAAGCUUCUUCAAGACAUUCUUAUAGCAUGAGAGCUCCUUAUAUUACAGCAUUCAAAAGGUUGUCGGCCCUCUCUGUCUCUCCAGCUGUUUUGCUGUUUUGAAGCCAUGCCUUGUAUUUCUGAUGCAGUUCCUCUCUCUCGUGCAUGCUUUCUUGGUUUGUAUUUCCUUUGCCGGUUCUCCAUUCUUUGUUCAUAUAUCUCAUUGUAUCUCGAGCUACCGCUAAAGGUGCUAUUCAGUGCUUUGGUUUAGCAUGUGCAUGAGAAGAUAAGGGAAUGGUUAGUUUUGUGCCAUGAGCAUACCGGCUUCAGCAUGUAAUGUUGCUCACCUUCAAAGUCAUUGUAGCAUAUCCUCAAUAUGUGGUAAUUAUUAGACAUGUUGCAUAUUUAUUUAUUCUAAUGCAGAUUUUGGUCUAGUGUUUUGCCUUCGUGAUGAAAGGAUGCAAAUAUUGCAAACUAAAUUUGGUGCAAAGAAAGAUAGCGAUGUUGAGGA